GAGAAAGAACAGAGUAGAAAGCAUGACGAAGAGGAGAGUGAGUUUUGGCGGUUGUAAUUGCCACAGAAAAGGCGCUGAGCAGAGCCAUGGGAGCAGAAGAGGAGCUUCAAGUAGCAAGCCCCAUCCAACACUCCGUUUCCACCGGCUACUCGUGGCCCCGCCUUCGCUUCGAUCUCCCUCCUCACCGAACCUACCACUUCCAUAAUCAGUUCGUCACUCCCUCUAACCCUAACAACUUCCUCAAAGCCGUCAAAUGGUCGCCCGAUGGUUCCUGUUUCCUCACCACUUCCGACGACAACACUCUCCGCAUCUUCACUCUACCGGACCCUGAAGCCGCCACUCUGGUUGAUGCUUCACAAUCUGAUGACGAUUCCUUUGCGGCGAGUCUAGUUAUGAGUGAAGGAGAGCCUAUACAUGAUUUUUGUUGGUAUCCUUACAUGUCUGCAUCAGAUCCUGUGACCAAUGUUUUUGCAACUACCACUCGCGACCAUCCUAUUCAUCUAUGGGAUGCUACUUUAGGACAGCUACGUUGUACGUAUCGAGCUUAUGAUAACAUGGAUGAGAUUACUGCGGCAUUUUCAGUUGCUUUUAAUCCUGCCGGGACUAAGAUAUUCGCUGGAUACAACAAAUGUAUCAGGAUGUUUGAUCUACAUCGUCCUGGCAGAGAUUUUGAAUUGUAUUCGACAGCAAAAGAUAAAAAAGAAGGCCAAACAGGUAUCAUAUCUGCAAUGACCUUCUCUCCAUCUCAUACUGGAAUGCUUGCUUUGGGUUCAUACAGUCAAACUACUGGCAUUUAUAGGGAAGACAACAUGGAACUCUUGUACGUUUUGCAUGGUCAAGAAGGUGGGAUUACGCAUGUCCAGUUUUCCAGAGAUGGAAAUUAUCUAUAUACUGGAGGUCGGAAGGACCCUUACAUACUAUGCUGGGAUGUGCGCAAAGCUGUUGACUGUGUCUUCAAGUUAUACAGAUCAUCAGAAAGCACCAAUCAGCGGAUACUUUUUGAUAUUGACCCUUCUGGUCAGCAUCUUGGUACAGGCGGCCAGGAUGGCUUAGUACAUAUAUACGAUCUUCAAACUGGGCAGUGGGUAUCAGGCUUCCAGGCUGCAUUAGACACAGUUAAUGGCUUCUCGUUCCAUCCAUUUCUGCCCCAUGCGGUGUCUUCCUCAGGUCACCGAAGAUUUGUAAUUCCUGAUGACGACAAUGAAGAUUUGAGUUUGAGUGGUCAUGAAAACUGCGUCUCGGUGUGGAGUUUUGGUUUGAAGGAGGAUGGCAAUUUCAUGGAUCAGACUGAAAGUGAAAACUUAGACUCAAAUUCUUAAUCCGCAUUGUACCAAUGAGGAAAACAAAACCCCCUUGGUUUUGGGGAGCCAAUGAUAAAAACGGUUCAUUGUCUGAUUCAUUAGACAAAAGCCUGAUCCAAUCAAAGUUUUGCGUACAUAAUUUUAUACAAAUAUAAGUUUUAAGUUGACUUAAGAUGGACCCCGUUUGUGGUCGGUAUUUCAUGUGCCAUUGCUUUCAAAGUUCUAGGCACGAGUCAAACUUGAAACCCCACGGCAGGCGUCAGCGCGUUCGUCUUCCUUUUCAUGACGGUGGACUUGGCGACCAAUAAAAGAAAGAAAGAAAACCUGGUCAAAGUGGGCAACCACCUGGCCUCAGCUAUAUAUGGCAUUUGAAAGUACUUUGGAGCCCUUUUGUAAUAACCAUGAGUACCUUUCACGCGUAAACUACAGGCGGUUUUGUUUAGCUUGGUGGUUGGAUAAUUUCCUAGGUGAGUAUUGAGCAAUUUUAAUCCCUGAUCACAAGGAUUACAAAAGAAAAAGUAAAUUUUAUCCAAAUUAUUUUUUUGCUGAAAUUUACAUAAGAAUUCGUUCGGAUAAAGCUUAUGUAAAAUCAUCUCCUCCAACCAAACAAAAAAUAAUAGGAUAGAAAUUCCGGCAUCUCCACUGUAGUGAAGAAGCACCGAUCGCUAAUUAAAAAAUGCAAAUAAUGCGAAGGGGAACAAAGUAAUUAUGUGAAAGAAUAUAUGCUCUUGGUUGGAUUUUUAUUUAUUUUCUUUAUUCGAAUCGUCGGUGGAUAUUGAUUGACAAAAACUAUUAGGCAGGGUGAAUGUAUUUGCAAAGAUUACAAGUAAGGAAAAAUCUUUAUGGUCAUAAAAUAUAAGAUAUCUAGGCACCCUCAUAAAGUUGGUGAUUGGUUGGCUUCUUAAUGAUCACAAAAUGGCAAAGGAAUCCAAGGCAAAGUAAAAUGCCAUUCCGCCACCUAAUCCCUCAAUUAAAGGUGCCAAGGAAUCCGAUGCAAAAGAAGAAAUAUUCCACUGCGUGCCUAAUUCCUGAAUUAUAAUUUUAUAAGAAGUGCGAUACAAAAAUACAGUUACACACGGUAUUGAAUAACAUAAGGCAAAAAUGUGAACAUUAAACCGAAAGUACUGUAACAGUGUAUCCUAUAAAAUGGUAAUAUGGUAAUAU